AUGGAUAGUGUCAGUUCGCCUAGACAAGAUCCCGCCAGCCGACAGACCACCGACGAUCGGCGGCGCUCACAGACUUCCGAUGAAAAUAAGGACAGAAACGAGAAUGCCAGCUACAACUUCAAGUCCCAUUUAUGUGGACAAAAGCUAGAUCCAACUUCUGAGAGGAUCGUUCGGUUAACCUACUUGUACGGUGGCGUACAUGGCGCUAUCGACCAGCUCCUUCCCGCCUGUUUCAAAGCCCUUGAGAGGGACAUGGGAUUUUCUCCCCAGUCCCUCGGUGCUCUAUCUUCUGCCACCCGCAUAUCUCACGUCUUAACCUGCCCCAUUUGGGGUUUCAUCAUCGAUUGCUGCGGUCGCAGACGCAUAUUUUCUUCUUCAGCCCUCGGUUGGGGCGCAGCGACGAGCGCCCUCCUCUACAUCACCCAGAAAUGGCAAGUAUUGCCCCUAAUGUGCGUUCUCGGCGUCUUUAUGGCAGCCAUGGGCCCCCUGUCACAGAAAGUGAUUGCGCAGGAGGUCCCCGAGAACGAUCGCGGCCGAAGUUUCGGCAUCUUGCAUUUUUUUCAAUCUUUCGGCAGAGUUCUGUCUCUUACCAUCACGACAUCUGCAUCUGGACUAGUAAUGUGGGGAAUUGAAGGAUGGAGGCACGCUAUGGUUGGUUUCGGGAUGAUAUCCAUAUUAACUGGAAUCUUACUUGGGUGCCGGAUCACAGAUUGUCCACACCAGCGCAGACGGCAGAAAGAAAAGGGUCACUGGUUUCCUCUCAGUGAAACGGCCUAUGUGUUUCGGAAUGGAAGCGUAUGGGUUAUGUUGCUUAUGGGGAUUCUGAAUGGAAUCCCUCGCUCUGCAAUUCAUUUUUCGACGAUGUAUUUCCAGUACUGCAGCAUUCCAGAUUGGUGGGCCUCCUUCAUCGUGUCUUCCAGCUGGAUCGCCGCAAUGGUGGUUGCGCCGGUGAUUGGGUGCACGGGCGACUUCAUACAUUCUCGAUACCCUUACCACGGGCGGCAGUGUUUGGCGCAGAUCUGCAUAGUGGCGCGUUGCCUCCUGAUGACUAUUAUGUUGACGUGUGUGCCGAGAGAGGCGAGCUCGCUGGGCACAUUUGUAAUCCUGGCCGUCUUGAUGGGCUUCUUGGCCGGCUGGCCCGGAGUGGGGGUCAACCGUCCCAUUCUCACGGAAAUCGUUUAUCCGGAGCACCGCGCCACGACUUUCGCUCUGGUUUCCUGCCUCGAGGGCGUCGGAGCCGCUGCUUUGGGCGCGCCCAUUGUUGGCUAUUUGUGCGAAAACGUGUUUGGCUACGUCAGGCCGCCCCACGACGGGCUGCUGGCAGCAGCUCCGGCGGAGUCUGUUCGCGUGGGAAACGCCCGCGCGAUAUCUUUGGCGAUGUUGUGCAUGACUGUGGGGCCCUGGCUGCUGACAAUUGUGGCAUACGGGGUGCUCCACCUCACCUACAAGUCGGACAGCCGUCACGGCUCGGCCCUUGCAGCAGCGGGCGACGCGGAGUCGGCUUCGUCGCCCGGCGCGGGGAAGCCGCAGAGGAGCGAAACUCUUCCACUGGUCACGAAAUGA